UGCCGCCCCGGGGAAGCGUUGCCUGCCGGCGGUCGAAGGCCAAGAUGGAUCCCAACAGGAUCAUCCAGGCGCUGAAGGGCACCAUAGACCCCAAGCUGCGCGUCGCCGCUGAGAACGAGCUCAACCAGUCCUAUAAGAUCAUCAACUUUGCUCCAAGUCUCCUGCAAAUCAUAGUAUCCGAUCAAGUUGAAUUUCCAGUGCGUCAAGCAGCUGCCAUUUACCUGAAGAACAUGGUGACACAGUACUGGCCGGACCGUGAGCCACCUCCUGGAGAAGCAGUUUUUCCGUUUAAUAUUCAUGAAAAUGAUCGUCAGCAGAUUCGGGAUAACAUUGUAGAAGGAAUAAUUCGUUCUCCUGACUUAGUGAGAGCCCAGCUGACAAUGUGCCUCCGUGCUAUCAUAAAACAUGACUUCCCUGGCCAUUGGACAGCUGUGGUAGACAAGAUAGGAUACUACCUGCAGUCUCCAAACAGUGGGAGCUGGCUUGGGAGCCUCCUGUGUCUCUAUCAGCUGGUGAAGACUUAUGAGUACAAAAAGGCAGAGGAGCGAGAUCCUCUCAUAGCAGCCAUGCAAAUAUUUCUGCCUCGAAUUCAGCAGCAGAUGAUUCAGCUUCUGCCUGAUAACUCCCAUUACUCUGUACUGCUUCAGAAACAAAUCUUAAAAAUCUUCUAUGCUCUUGUUCAGUAUGCAUUGCCCCUCCAGUUGGUGAAUAACCAGACUAUGACUCAGUGGAUGGAGAUCUUCCGGACCAUCAUUGAUAGAAAUGUACCACUGGAGACUUUGCAAAUUGAUGAAGAUGAUAGACCGGAGCUGGUGUGGUGGAAGUGCAAGAAAUGGGCAUUGCAUAUUGUAGCUCGUCUCUUUGAACGAUAUGGAAGUCCUGGAAAUGUUACUAAAGAAUACUUUGAAUUCUCAGACUUCUUCUUAAAAACCUAUGCUGUGGGCAUACAACAGGUUCUCUUAAGAAUCUUAGACCAGUACAGGCAAAAGGACUAUGUUGCGCCACGUGUUCUUCAGCAAACUUUGAAUUAUUUGAACCAAGGGGUGAUUCACUCUAUAACAUGGAAGCAAAUGAAGCCACACAUACAGACUAUCACAGAAGAGGUGAUAUUCUCUCUAAUGUGCUACAAAGAUGAGGAUGAGGAGCUCUGGCAAGAAGAUCCAUACGAAUAUAUCCGCAUGAAAUUUGAUGUAUUUGAGGACUAUGCAUCCACCACAACAGCAGCACAGAAUCUCCUUUACACUGCUGCAAAGAAGAGGAAAGAGGUAUUACCAAAAAUGAUGGCAUAUUGCUACCAGAUUCUGACAGAGCCAAACAUUGAUCCAAGGAAAAAAGAUGGAGCUUUGCAUGUUAUAGGAUCCCUAGCAGAUAUUUUACUGAAGAAGAGUGUUUUCAAGGAUCAAAUGGAGCUGAUGUUACAGAAUCAUGUGUUUCCCUUGUUCAUGUCUAACCUGGGAUACCUCAGAGCUCGAUCCUGUUGGGUACUUCAUUCAUUCAGUGCUUUGAAAUUUCACAAUGAGCUAAACUUGAGGAAUGCAGUAGAGCUGGCAAAGAAGAGCCUGAUUGAUGAUAAGGAGAUGCCUGUCAAAGUAGAAGCAGCCAUAGCCCUUCAGACCUUAAUAAGCAACCAAGAGCAAGCCAAGGAAUAUGUGAAGCCUUAUGUAAGGCCAGUGAUGCAGGAGCUCCUGCACAUCGUCAGAGAGACAGAAAACGAUGAUCUCACGAAUGUAAUCCAGAAGAUGAUCUAUGAGUACAGCCAGGAAGUCGCUACUAUUGCUGUGGACAUGACUCAACACCUGGCUGAAAUAUUUGGUAAAGUACUUCAGAGUGAGGAAUAUGAGGAAGUAGAGGACAAAACAGUUAUGGCCAUGGGCAUCUUGCACACAAUUGACACAAUCCUGACAGUUGUGGAAGAUCACAAGGAGAUCACUCAACAGCUCGAGAGCAUUUGUUUACAGAUCAUUGGCCUUGUUUUGCAGAAACAUGUUAUAGAGUUUUAUGAAGAAAUUCUGUCCUUAGCCUUCAGCUUAACAUGCCAGAUGAUUUCACCUCAGAUGUGGCAGCUUUUAGGUGUUCUGUAUGAGGUUUUCCAGCAGGAUUGCUUUGAAUACUUUGCAGAUAUGAUGCCUCUCUUGCAUAAUUAUGUGACCAUUGACACUGAUACUUUACUGUCUAACCCAAAGCAUUUAGAAAUCAUUUACUCUAUGUGUAAAAAGGUACUGACAGGAGAUGCAGGAGAAGAUGCGGAGUGCCAUGCAGCCAAACUCCUAGAAGUGAUUGUCCUUCAGUGCAAAGGACGGGGUAUUGACCAGUGUAUUCCCCUCUUUGUGGAGGCUGUUCUGGAGCGCUUGACUCGAGGAGUUAAAACAAGUGAACUUCGUACCAUGUGUCUUCAAGUUGCCAUAGCUGCACUCUACUACAAUCCUGACCUCCUUUUGCACACCUUGGAGAACAUCAGAUUUCCACACAAUCCUGAGCCCAUCACUGCACAGUUCAUAAACCAAUGGAUGAAUGACACAGACUGUUUUUUUGGACUCCAUGACAGAAAGAUGUGUAUAAUAGGACUAAGCAUCCUAAUGGAAUUGCAGAACCGACCACCUGCAGUGGAUGCUGUGGCUGCCCAGAUUGUUCCUUCAAUCCUCCUCCUCUUCUUGGGCUUAAAACAAGUUUGCGCCUCACGAGAGCUCACAGAACAUGAGGAUCAUGCUAAAGAUGAAAAACACUUUACAGAAGAUAAUGAAGAGAUACCUAGCGAUGAGGAUGAAACAAAUGAAGUGAGCCAGGCAAUGCAAGAGAACCAUGGUGGAGGAGGAGGUGGCAGUGCUGGAGGUGGAGAGGAAGAAGAUGAAGAUGAUGAUGAUGAUGAUGACUGGGAUGAAGAUGCAUUGGAAGAGACUGCUCUUGAAGGGUUCAGCACACCUCUUGACCUUGAAAAUGGUGUUGAUGAAUACCAAUUUUUUACACAAGCACUUCUAACGGUGCAGAGCCGGGAUGCAGCCUGGUACCAUUCCCUGACUGCACCGUUGAGUGAGGAUCAGAAGAAACAGCUGCAGGAGAUUUAUACAUUAGCAGAGCACCGGAGAACUGCUGCAGAGACUAAGACAAUAGAACAACAAAGUGGCUACACAUUUGACAACAAAGGACUGAUCACAGCAUUUAAUUUUGCUGGAAAUACUCCCGGUGGCAACUGAAGGAUCAGCUACAAAGGUCAAUGGGAAGGGUCUCAUCAUUACAUUUUCUUGAAAUCAUCGUGACUUCUGAGUGAUAGGGGAGGGUAAUUUAAUGCUGCUGAAGGUUUUCUGGAAAAUAGCGGUGUGCUUCCCCCACCAGAAUGCUCUUUCUAACCAGCUACUGUAAUGUACAAAUUCUUGUGGUGUUUUUAGAAUUUGAUGGACUGAAAGGAAACUUUUGUCCUCAAGGAACCUGGAUGACCGGGAGGGGCCAGGCUGCAUCUAAUUGAGUUGCACUUCUCAGGUUUUUGCUGUGCAGAAUUGAUAGAUUCAUAUGGAUAACAGUGCCUUCUGUUGUACAUGGAUUGCCUGAACAAAUGGAUUUUGGAGUGCAUUAUAAUUUUUUAAGUGUAAGGACAUUUCUUGAUACACUGUAAGCCUUGGUUCCAUGUUUUCCAAUCACCUGCUUUUUACUGCUCAGUUUAAUGGUUUGUUGGUUGCAUACAAAUUGCUGGGUUCAGAAUAUUAGCACACCUUCCCUAUUUGGUGCAGACCAAAUGUGUAGAGGGAGGUGUCUGUUGGACUUACAAAGCAUACACUGCUUAUGUCAAAGGGUCUUAACAAAAUGGCAGAUUUUCCCUUGAUGCAGUAGUCUUAAAUUAUUUCUCUUAGCCAUGAAUUCAACUCAAGUGAGUUGCAAUGGCUUGCCUGGCAGGUGGCUACUCUAAAUCUACAUCAGUGUUAGCACUUGCCUGGACAAGUGGUGUGGCCCUCUUAUGUAGAAUGUUCUAUGUGACAACUUAUUUCUGCUAUUAUUGAUGAAUAUUGGAUUAUACGUGGGAUAAUCUCUUCUGGUUUUAUUAAUUCAUUACCAUUCCAGUGGUAGAACUGAAUAAUGUGGUACAAAAUAUUUCCAAUAUUUUAUUUAUUUUGGUAGAAGAAGAACAGCUUCAAACUUACUUCUUACUAUUACACUCUCUGAUUGUAUUUCUGGUCUGCAUUGCAGUUGGUUAUUCUUGUUCCAUGCUGAAAUUUCUUUACCUGACAGAUUUUUUUCCUAAAUUUUGAAGACUGGUUUUACCAGUGGAGGUUUAGAUUAGAUAUUAGGAAAAAUUUCCUAACGGGAAGGGUGGUCACACAUUGGGACAGGUUGCCCAGGGAAGUGGGGAAGAAUCAACAUCCCUGGAAAGUGUUUAAACAACACACAGAUGUGGCACUUAGGGACAGGGUUUAGCAGUGAGCACAGGGUUAACAGUUGUACUUGAUGAUCUUAGAGGUCUUUUCCAACCUAAAGGGUUCUAUAGAACAAGGUAUUUGUGGAGAAGUUCAUUUAGAGAGGAAGUGAUAGCAGUACUAAUUUGAAUAGGUGCCCUUCCUUUAGGUCUACUGGGAUUGCAGUGGUGUAGCAAAAAGUGGAAGGGGUGCUUUAGAAUGUGAACUUUGGAUUGAGAUAAAAUGUUUAGACCAGAUUUUGUCUCUAUGUGUUAAUUUCUUUAUGAUUUAAAAAUAUUCACCAAUCAAUUUUAAACACAUACUAAUAAUCUAUUUCUUUACAGCAGUGUCCCAAAUAAAAAGUCAAAGCCUUUCCCAUACCCCAUCAAAUUUUCCACAGCUACGGUAAAUUACAGACUGCUCACCCUGUGCAGUGCUGAAGCUUACAUUUUGUCAUUCUGGUUGUGUCUCAUAAAUCUGAAGCACUCUGUGCCUUGGUUUCUGGAAAAGGCAAGAGGAUCUCUGCCUGUUCUUUCUGGAAUUUUCCUAGCCUGACAGCUAUGGGGCAGAAUGUUCCCUACGCUUUCCUGUUUCCUGUACCUUUGUGUCAGACUCUAAGGCUGUUUCACUGCUGCUGCUCCUUCUUUCUUUUUUUUGCCUUCCUCUCCCAAGCAGCUACAGAGUAAAGCUGGCCUGGUUCACUGGUUAGGUUUUUCACUAAUGCUUAGUUAAUAGCAACAGUGAAAAUGUCUCGUUUGCAGGCCUGUUGUACAUGUGGAAAAUUGUGAGAUUUCCAGGGUCCGUAUUUCCAAAAAGGUACAGUCUGUUGAGCUGCAUUGGACAGGCUCUUUAAGGUCAAGGAGCAGAGGGCCAGGAUAUCCUUUAUUUUAAAUGUCUGGUUAUGAAAAUUACAGAUUGCUUGCUAAUUUAGGCAUGGGGGUGUAUUGACUGAGAGAGUAAGUAGGAAAGCAAUACAUCCAGUUUGUUGGGGAAUUUAUCAGAAACCACAGAAGUUUUUAAAUCAUUCACAAAUUAAAGAACCAUUUUUUGGAAGUUAAGGGCACUUCCAACUUCUCUCUUACCUGUCAAUUGAAGUUAUGUAUUAGGCAGGUAAACUGUUUAAACCCUUUAUUACUUUAUUAAAAGAAAAAAGAUUUUCAAGCUGGGUUUCUUUCGAAGUCCAUUUGCCUUCUCUAUACUGGCAUGCAGAGUAGAAGAUGAAUUUAUUUUUCUUCUGCUAAUGAGGUUGCUUGCACAGUCACAGGUAAUAUUUAGGAGUUGAUGUGUUCAAGGUAAAAUCUGCUUUUGCAUAGCAUCAUCUUGGUGUCACUCAGCUGAACUAUAGCUGCUCCCUAGUUCUGCUUCUUGUAUACUUUUCAAAUCAGCUGUCAGGAAAAUUUCAUCCAGAUGUUUCAUACAAGAGUUUAAUCAGCAGUGUGGAGUCGGGAAUCUUUGUUGUCUAUUUCGCAGUAGGGUCAGAGAUGUCUGAGGGAAUGGCAUGUAAAAAGGUUAAAUGCCUUUCCCUUCCCAGAAGAUUCAUGAGCAAAUGUUUCUACUGGCAAAAGCAAAUGUUAAUUUUUUAUUCCUUUUUUUUGAAAAGGGUUUCCAUCCAAAAAGAUUUAUUGGGCUCUGGCCUCCACUUUAACAUAUGGUUCUCUUUUAACAUGAUAAAUACCCAUUUGUACAUGAUCAUGAGUAGGUAAUGGAUUUUAGGUGUUUCUUUCUGAGCUGUGUCCAGCUUUGUACUACAUUAAAGGGAGAGUAACACAAA